AUGGAGCAGGCAAAAUAGAUUCGGAUUUUUUUUAUUAUUUUUCACACUCCGCUGUCUACCCGCAUCACGACAAAUAUUUGCAUCGUGUCGUGCAAAUAUACGCGAGUGCUCCUCGGAUAUCACGAGAGCUUUUCCACAUUUAGUUUCCCGAAAUACGAAAUUAAAUAAAGUUAAAUCCCAGCGAAAGAAGAGAAGAAGAAAAAAAUUUGGACCCCAUUUAUUCACACACACACACACACGAACACAUACGGCAUACAAAAAAAGCGAAAAGCAGGGUGUUGUCCAGAUGUGAGAGAAAAGUUUUUUUGUUUUUUUCGGAUGAAAAGAUGCAUUUUAAGUGAAAUGAGGACACACAGUGUGCAAAGAAACGACCCCCGAAAGCAUUAAACGAUGCUCAAGCGUGAAAAUUCGACAUUUUAAUUCAGAAAAAAGUGCGUGAAAAAAAGUGCAAGAGACAAAAAAUUCGAAAAAUCGGGGGAAAAACACAAUAAAAGUCGGCAAAAAUGACGGGCUUCAUGGAAGGAGUGAUCGUAGAUGAUCAAUAUAAGCCGCCUUUUAUCGCAAAGCUUUUACAUGCUUUACCGCAUUACAACAUCACAUUUCAUCGAACCAACAGCACUUUUAGGCCAACGAAUCUCAUUUAUCUCGAGAGUUUGGGAAUUUUUUGCUCGAUUCCCGUUGGGCUGCUCAUCAUUUCCCUCUUCGGCUUGCUGCUGUACUUGAUGACACGAUGCUGUGAUCGCAAACCGAGACCUCAACACUCGAUUACGAGUCUCAAAGUUGUCUUGUCUGUGGUAACUGUGCUUUGUUGUGCAGCUAUAGGAUUAGGUUUGUACGGAAACGACGAUUUGCAUAAUGGUCUGUUGGAAGUGUUAACCGCUGGUCGGAAAGUUGAUAAUCUGGUUUCAGCUGUACGGAAUCAGACCAACACACUCGAAUUCACUUUGACGCAAAAGAUUCGCCCGCAACUGGUGGAACUUGCAGACAUUUUUGAUCAUCCAGCGUCAAAUCAAACGGCAUUGUCUCUCUUAUUUAUCUCGCUUAAUACCGUGCAAGGGAAUGUUACGUUGGCAACAAAUGCCGCGAGUGAUAUCCGUCGUCCUUUGAUGGGUAUCUCGAUGAAUGGCUUUUUGAAUCGCGGUGAUCAAUACGAGCUCAUCAGAUGGCCCGGAACAGUUGCAAUUCUCGCAUUGCUGUUAGUGUUAUGCGCCGUCUUGCUCGUUGGCGUCGCUCGUCAUUCACGUUGCGCCCUAAUUCUGUUCAGCGUUUGCGGAUUACUUGCCGUCACCGGUUCCUGGUUAAUGUCCGGCAUUUAUCUCUCAACAAGUGUUGCUGUUGGCGAUUUGUGCAUCGAUCCGGCAGACUAUCUGGUCUCGCAGGCACCCUCCGAACUGCCUGCCGACAUUUUGCUGUACUACACGCAAUGCGAAAGUGCUCGUUCGAAUCCUUUCACGCAGCGUUUGCGCGAAUCGCAACAAUCGAUCAAUAAUGCGCGUGUCGCCAUGAACGCCGUUUCGCGAAUUUCCCUGCAAAUUUUCAAAAAUUCCGGAUUACAACCGAAACUUGGUGCCGUAACAGCUGAUUUGAAUACGAGCGAGAGACUUUUGACGCAAUUGACGGCAUUGGUUGACUGCAAGGCGAUCCAUUAUAAUUAUUUGAAUGCAACGCGGGGAUUGUGUGAAGGCGGUUUGCUUGGUUUGGUUUUGAUGCUAAUUGCGAGUUUUAUUGCUGCGAUCCUGUUGACGAUCAUGGUUUGGGUCGAUUCGCAUACUUGGAUCUACAUUCGCAAGCGGAACGAUUACGCGCAAGUCGAUGAACAGUCGUACAUUUCGCAUCAAGGGCAGCAAAAUCAUCAAAAUAUGCAGCGAACGCUUCCACGACCCGAAAAUAAUGGACCUCCCGUGAUGAUUAGCGGCUCGCAUACGUUACAACAUCCGAAUCGGCAACAAAAGCAAAUUAUGAUGCAACCGCAUGUGCAUCCGCAUCAUCAUAAUACCAUGGGACGUCCUAUCGGCAUGGGUACGCACACUUUGGGACGCCUUCCGUCGCAUAAUCACAGCCCGCAACACAUGCACGGCGGUAAUGUUGGCAUGAUGGGCGGCGGCGGAGGCGGCUUAGGUCAAGCUACAUUGCCCAAAAACAUGAAAAACGGCAAUCGACACUUUGUUGGACCGAAUAACGGCAAAUAUGCCACUCUUAGCAAGCAAUGCAAGACACUUCAAGACAAUGACUUCUACUGAAAAUCGCCUGCCUGUAGCGACCAAAAUCAUCCGCCACGUGUUCAAGAACAACAAUUACCACCAAACCAUCAACCAAUGACGAUCAAUCAUCAGCAUCCGCAGCAACAACAACAACAAAUGAUGAAUUCUCAGCCAAUCUACCAGCAAAAACCCCCGCAAAAUUAUCAGCAGCAACAACAACAGCAACUCCAGCAUCAGCAACAAGUGCAAAACUAUUCCAUCUACCAAAGCCAAAUGUCCCAAAAUCAGCAGCAGCAGCAGCCCCAACCGACGCCAAUUGCCGCACUUCAACAACAAACGCAGCAGCAAAUUUACCCACCUCCGCCGCAUUACCAUCAGCAUCGCCAUUCCGAGACAACUGGCAUCCUCGUGAACAAGUCGCAAACGCAAACGCUAGCAAGACAAUCAAAUACUGUCACUUUUGCUAAAGAUACCCUCGAUGCGAGUACUCCGGAUGCCGCCGCAAAUAUCUACGAGCGCGAUAAACACGCCAACGUCUACAAAUGCUCAACGCUUCGGCAUGGCGGCAAAUUUGACAAACCGUCGAUUCAGAAUUAUCCGUUGCCCGCAAUUCCGGGGCAAACAGCAGCUGGGGCAAAUCCGCCGCCUCCGUCGCAGUCAACGGCACAAGUGCAGCCCGUGCAAGUUAAGAAGGAGACGAAAAAUGACGGAAUUUAUAGCUCAAGUCGCGUUUUGCCGCAAAAUCGCAAAAUCCCCACGGGCAAAGCAGUGCCGUUGCCCAAAAUUGGGUCGUUCGACAAGACGCCAUCAACGAAUCUGAGUACAUUUGCCUCGCCGCCGCCUCCCGUGACAACACAAAGCAAUAGCGCGACCGCCAAUGGCAAUGCCAACAUUGAAUCGGCGUACGCGAGCAGCAAACAACGCGAUCAGUCGCUGCCGCCGCCUCCAACGGCCUCCGAACUCAAGCAACAAAUGGCUCAAAUGCAAGCUCAAAGUCAGCAACAAGGUAGUAAUGGUAACAAUACGACAGAGGGAAGUGAAUUUUACGCUGUCACAGAGUUAUAACUCAAGAUGAAACAUGCCGAGAAGCAACAAAAACAGCAAAAAGAAAGUAAUGUUGAGAUUUUACGAUUUUAAGCACACAAACAGACAUCACACACACACACACACAACAGACACGAUAUAUAAUAAUCAAUUUUAUAUAAAAAAAUAUUAUUAUUAUUAAAUUAUUACUAAAAAUAAGAGGAAAAUUCAAACACAUCACAGAAUUAAUAAGACAAGGGUGUUACAAGGUUUAGCAAUUUAUUUAUUUAACGUUUCAUCUAAUAAAGACUACAACUUAUCGUUAGUAACGAAAAACUUAAGAUAACAUUUCUGUGCUAAAUUUGAAUUCAGGUGCAGAUUAUCAGGUGCGAACAUGUAAAAAAAUGCAUU